UCAUUAAGAUCGAAUCGAGAACCCUAACCCUCUUCCGCUGCGACCGCAACCAGCUCCAUGGUGACCAAUUCCACUUUCGGUCGAUAAGCCCACGUUAAUCGGAGAGCAUCAAGUGGCAUCUAGCACAGAUUCACCCAACCGAACAACCUCACCCCUGCAUCCCCCCCGACGACCACCCGAAGCACCAAAUGCCCACCAUGGAUCCGUACUCGGCCGAGGGCGAGCUGAUCAACAUCCACAACCACUUCCACCAGGGCCAGUACCAGGAAGUGGUCGACUUCGACGUGUCGUCGCUGUCCCCCGAGAACGCGCUGCCGGCGCGCGUGCUGCAGCUGCGCGCCCGCGUCGCCCUGGGCCAGGCCGAGGACGUGCUCGCAGAGGUGCAGGGCGAGGCGGACGGCGUGCCCGAGCUGGCCGCCGUGGGCGCCCUGGCCGAGCAGGCGCUGGGCCGCGGCGAGGCCGCCGUCGAGACGAUCGAGAAGCUCGCCCAGAGCGCGGGCGACAACCCGACCGUGCAGGUCCUGGGCGGCACCGUACUGCAGGCGGCCGGCAAGUCUGAGGAGGCUCUCGCGCUGCUGGGUCGGCAUCAAGGGAGCUUGGAUGCCGUUGCGCUCAUCGUGCAGAUCCAUCUUCAACAGAACAGGAAUGACCUUGCCGUCAAGGAGGUUGCUGCCGCCCGGCGAUGGGCUCAAGAUAGCCUGCUGGUGAAUCUUGCGGAGUCAUGGGUUGGCUUGAGGCUUGGCGGCGAGAAAUAUCAACAAGCGUUCUACGUCUUCGAGGAACUGGCACAGGCGCCCGCGACAUCAUCAGUACAGUCUCUGGUUUCUCAGGCCGUCGCCGAGCUGCACCUCGGCCGCGUUGAGGAGGCACAAGCCGCGCUGGAGCAGGCGCUGAAGAAGGAACCAGGAUACGCGGAGGCCAUCGCCAAUCUGUUGGUUCUGAGCGUGAUUGCUGGCAAGAGCGCCGAGGAGCUGACGAGCUCUCUUCAAAAGGCCAACCCUGAUCAUCCCCUUUUGGUCGACCUGGCCGAGAAGAGCGACCUCUUCGAUAGAGCCGCGACAAAGUAUAAGGCGAAGGUGGCAGCGUAGACAUGUUCAUGAUCGGUUGCAGUCAAUGAUACCAGAUAAGAGUAACAUGAGGCUGGAGGUCCACUGGCCCGUGUCGAAGGGCUCUGCAGAAGGUCAUGCCCUGUGAGGAGGUCC